AUGUCAUACAAAAGGAAAGCCGAACUGCCCGUCGGAGACAUCAAUGAUCUCAUGGAAGUAACUCCCUUGGGUGCAGGAAGCGAAGUCGGACGCUCAUGCCACGUCCUCAAGUACAAGGGCAAGACCGUCUUGUUGGACUGCGGCAUUCAUCCCGGCCAGAGCGGUAUAUCUGGACUCCCCUUCUUUGAUGAAGUCGACCCGGCCACCAUCGACGUCCUCUUGAUCACACAUUUCCACUUGGACCACGCAGCAGGAUUGCCUUACUUCACCGAAAGGACCUCGUUCAAGGGACGCGUGUUCAUGACCCAUCCUACCAAGGCUAUCUUCAAGUGGCUCCUCUCAGAUUAUGUCAAAGUCAGUAACGUGGGGGCGAACGAUAUGCUGUACGACGAGACACAGUUGGCGGCAUGUUAUGACAAGAUCGAGACGGUCGAUUACCAUCAAGAGAUGAACGUUGACGGAAUCAAAUUUACGGGAUACAACGCAGGACACGUCCUGGGCGCAGCCAUGUUCUUGAUCGAGAUCGCCGGUAUCAAGAUCUUGUAUACAGGAGACUACUCGCGUGAGGAGGAUCGCCAUUUGAUGGCCGCGGAAAAGCCCACAAACGUGCAGACAGACGUCCUGAUCUGCGAAUCGACCUACGGAGUCCAGAGUCACGAACCCCGUAUCGACCGCGAACGCCGCUUCACAAGCACAGUCCACGACAUUGUUCAGCGCGGAGGCCGCUGUCUCCUCCCCGUCUUUGCUCUGGGUCAGGCUCAGGAACUGUUGCUGAUGUUGGACGAAUAUUGGGCAGCCCACCCAGAACUGGAAUCGAUCCCUGUCUACUAUGCCUCUUCGCUUGCCAAGAAGUGCAUGACGGUCUAUCAGACCUACAUCAACAUGAUGAACUCCAAGAUCCGCAAGCAGUUUGCGGUCUCGAACCCCUUUGUCUUCAAGCACAUCUCGCAUCUCAAGAACAUGGAUAUGUUUGAUGACACGGGGCCAUGUGUCAUGAUGGCCUCGCCUGGUAUGCUGCAGAACGGACUGUCGAGAGAGUUGUUUGAGCGUUGGUGCACGGACAAGAAGAAUGGGCUGUUGAUUACGGGAUACUGCGUCGAGAACACGCUCGCCAAGGAUGUGAUGAACGAGCCUGACGAGAUUCAGACUAUGAACGGGACCAGGCUCAAGUUGAGGAUGUCGGUCGAUUACAUCUCCUUCUCGGCCCAUGUUGACUAUACCCAGAACAGUGCCUUCAUCGACGAAGUCAAAGCACCCUACCUUAUCCUGGUGCACGGAGAGACGAAUGCCAUGGGACGAUUAAAGAGCGCGUUAAUGAGCAAGUACUCGGAGCGAGAUGAAGACAUCCACAUCUUUACACCCAAGAACACCGAGACUGUCAAACUCUAUUUCCGCGGAGAGAAGCUCGCCAGAACAAUUGGACAAAUGGCAGCGACGUUCCCGGAGAAGGACAAGUUGGUCUCGGGAGUGCUGGUGGUCAAGGAUUUCCAGUAUACCAUUAUGGAUACAUCGGAUCUGGAAGAGUUUGUGGGUCUUCAGACCACAUCUGUGGUUCAGCGUCAGAUCGUCCCCUACCAUGCCUCAUUUGGGUUGCUCAAGUACCAUCUCCGCCAGAUGUUUGGCAAGAUUCAGGAAUUGGAGCGUGAUAUCAACAAGAAAGAGACCGUCAGAAUCUUUGAGACGGUGGAUGUGAAGGAAUACAACGUGAACCAUGUCUUGCUGGAAUGGACCGGAAAUUCUGUCAACGACAUGGUCGCAGAUUCAGUCCUGGCUGUCAUCCUCAAUAUCGAGUCCAGCCCUGCCUCCGUCAAACUUACCAAAUCCGACCACACUCAUUCACACUCCCACGGCCACGCUCAUCCCCACGUCAAGACCGAAGGUUCCUCCUCUGCAUCUACAUCAAAGGAGGGAGAGGGAGAGCUGUUGGUGGAGCGCCACCCAUCAGACGAAUUCGAGGACCUGGUCAUGUUUUUUGCAUCUCAGUUUGGACCUGAGAAUGUGACGCAGAAUGAGAAGACGAGCACGGUUGUUGUGAGCUUGGAUGGCAUGCAGGCAAAGAUCGAUUGUAAAGAUUUUACGGUGGAGUGUGAGGCGGAUGCCUUGAGACAUCGGGCGCAGAAUGUCCUUGAGCGCGCUGUGAGGACUUGCAUGCAGUAA